ACCUGGAGGAUUACAGUGGUAGACAGUGACGUUAUGCAGGCAGUGCACGCCCCUGUAAACGCUGCCCCCAACGUACCGAGCGUGCCUCGGCGAAUCACGGCGCCCGACGGGCCAAAAAGUUGUUGAAUCGUUGCAUCAUGAAUUUUCAGGGAGCAGCCUCGCCGCCUAUUUUGCUCUCGAUGCAUUUCUACCUUUUUGUCUCGCAUUGUCCACGGUAGCAAUUGUUUAAGCUGGCUUCUUGAAAAUUAGGGCAUCAGCAACAGCUAUUCUUUUUUUAUAUAUUUGCUCACUUUCUUAUUAUGAUGAGUGUGCUUACGGCCUAGACGUCGCCACGCCUACCCCAUCGCCACAACACAACUACCAUGCGGCCGUUUUCGAUAUCUGGCCUUGCCAACCGAAUUGGCUCGCGGUCACAGCCCUGCAACACCUGCCGAGUCCAAUGCCUGCGUAGCAAACCCUCGUUUGCAUCUCCUACCCGAAAUUUCGCAUCCACUGGCCCGUCCCGCGUCUUCGCUGGUGCCAAAAGGCGGUCCGCUACACGAUUUCUACUACUGGCCACGACAGGAACCGCUGCGGCGGGUACAACAGUGCUGGCCUUUACCGAUGAUAUCAAAAGUGCCUAUGAUACAGUAGAGCGUACGGGAAGAGUAGUCACAGUGCUUGCGUUGUGCAUCAAUGAUUACCGAAAAACACUCAACCAUAAUGAAAAGCUGGAAGAUGACAACGAAAAAGAUAGCCUGCUGCGUGCGUGUCACAAGCGCUGCGCUGACCGAACACUAAAAGCCAUGGAGAAGAACGGCGGCAUAUUCAUCAAGCUUGGGCAACACUUGAGCGCCAUGAACUAUCUACUACCAACCGAAUGGACGACAACCUUUAUACCCCUUCAAGACAAGUGCCCUGUGUCUUCUCUCUCAUCCAUUGAGGCCAUGUUUCUCAAGGACACGGGCAACCCGAUUUCGUACUACUUUUCCGAAUUCUCCCCUGAGCCCAUUGGCGCAGCAUCUCUCGCACAAGUCCACCUAGCCACACUUAAAGACACAGACCAGAAAGUCGCCGUCAAGGUGCAGCAUCCCGAGCUCGAAACAUGGGCGCCUCUUGACCUUCUCCUCACCAAAUACACGUUUCAGACACUGAAGCGCUUCUUCCCUGAAUACGACUUGGAGUGGCUCUCUUCCGAGAUGGAUGUAUCGCUGCCCAAAGAGCUCGACUUUCAAGAAGAGGCCAAGAACGCACGCUGGAUGAAAGAGCACUUUGCCAGGAUCCCGCAGCUGCCGCUCGUCAUCCCAGACGUCAUCUGGGCCAAAAAGCGCAUGGAAGUCAUGGCGCUCGAGUCUGGAUGCCGCCCCGAUGACCUGGAAUACCUAGACAAGAACGGCAUCGACCGCGACCAAGUAUCGGCUGCGCUGGCGCGCAUCUUCAACGAGAUGAUCUUUGGAGACGGCGCGCCUCUACACUGUGACCCGCACGGCGGCAACCUGGCCAUCCGCAAGAACAGCUCGUGGCGCAACUUCUUCAUCGGCCGGCCUAACUUUGACAUCAUCCUCUACGACCACGGGCUGUACCGAGAAAUCCCGCUCCCGCUGCGCCGCUCAUACGCAAAGAUGUGGCUGGCUGUUAUCGACGGUGACAUGGAUCGCAUGAAGAAGUAUGCGCACGAGGUGGCCGGCAUCACAGAUAAGGACUUCCCGCUGUUUGCGUCGGCCAUUACGGGCCGCGAGUUCUCCGUGGUGUCUAAGCAGGGAUCGAUUAUGAAGACACGUACAGCCGGGGAGGAAAAGUCCAUGAGCUCCUCGUUGCAGGACGGGCUCCUAGCCGACUUGGUGCAGCUGCUGAGCCGCGUGCCGCGAAUUAUGCUCCUGAUUCUCAAAACCAACGAUUUGACACGUAGCCUGGAUGAGAAUCUGCACACAAAGCAAGGGCCGAUCCGGUCGUUCAUGAUCCUCGCACGCUACUGCACGAGGACUGUAUUCCAGGAGCAGCUAGAGCAGAUCCGCGAGAUGGGAUCGUUGUUCUGGCCGCCAAACUCGGUCCGGGUCAUUGUUGCGUGGGCAUCGUAUGUCCGAGUCGGCAUCAAGCUGGAGGCAUUUGAAGUGUGGCUGGCUAUUCGCCGGCUGCUGGGGCUCUCGCAGCUCUCAAUCAUGUGAGGUAUUAAUGGUGAAGUUUCACGAUCUCAUAUACAUAGAAACCACCUUAUUUCAUUUGGUAUCUGGCGGGUUUGUCGUAUUGUUAUAGAGUAGAGUCUAGAAUAGAGCUGACACCCCCGUACACGGGCGUUUUGGUAUUUGCAUUAUAAAUGAGCUUGUCAACGGAUACAUAUGUGCAGUUAUAUAUAUUACAACACAAGGAUUUUCUAUACAUUCUGCAUACCGC